AUGGAUUGUCUUCAACUUCAGUUACAACCUCAUCAACUCAGAACUCAGCCAUUCCAUUAUUUUAUAAAUGAGCAAGCGAAAUCGCUUCUCGCUCUUCAAGAAUUACAAAAUGAAGUCGGAGCUUUGCUCGAAUUCAGGGAUUUGGUCAUGGAAACGUUUCCGAAUUUGCGACAGAAAAUGUCGACGUCCGCGGUGUCACACAACACAUUUUCCAACACGCAAAAUUACUGUUCCAACUUACCGUUACCUCUCUCGGGGUCUUUGAAUUCCCGUCACUGGGAACCCGGGAUAAAAGUCAAGAGAAAAAUAAUUCACAAGAGCGAUAACGAGAAUUCAUUCGUUAGAGUUCGUUCGAAUAGUCAGAGUAGUGGUAGUAAUAAUAGUAGUAGUAGUAGUAGUAGUAAAUUACAAUCGAGUCAGCCAAAAAGCAGCGAAGCCAUUUCCGGAGUUCAAGAUUCGGGUUUCAGCACGGAAACGAAUUCAUCGAACAAGGAUCACGUUAGUAGCACUGCCACGUUCGUUCCUCACCCCGUUCAACCCGACGAUUCGUCGUUCACGGCGGCGACGAGAAAAGAAUCGACGAGUCCGAGGAGUCACAAGGUCUCGCGUACGACGGAAUACGACAGGAGCGACGAAGAGUUGAGCGAAGAUGGUUUAGUCGUGAAGGUGAACGAAGCGGAAGAGGAAUUGUGGAAUCUGUUGGAUGUCAUACACACCAAAGGUACAAAACUUCGGGAAGAAGUCGAAACGCUUCAAUUGAGAUUGAUGGUCGAAGAAAUAGAAAAUCAUUUGAAGAGCAGAGAGUCGGAAAUGAAAAAAGUCGGGAAAAAAUUAAAUAGGAGAUGUCGGAGUUUGGACAACGUGGACGAAGAAGGAGUGGGAGUGGGAGGAGGGAAUUCGUUAAUUUAUCAUCACGCGACGGAAAUGGAAAAUUUUCAUCCAAAUUUUAAACUCCAAGAAAUUUCAUACGAGGAAGAUGUUUUCAAUAAGAAGAGAACGCGGCGGAGCAUCGAUUUCGAAGACAUUGAUCACAUUCGGCAAGAGCGUAACAUGCUAUUGGAAAAAUUAGCGGAAAUGGAAACGGAAAACGUGGCGAACCGAAUGAAAACGUCGGAGCUUCAAAACGAAAUAAGCGCUUUGAUAAGGACGAAAGAAGAAUUGCAAGAGCAAUUGUUUCAAGCCGUCAAACAAAAAACGGAACUCAAUGGUAAAAUCCACGAAUUGCACAUGAAAUUCGUGACGGGAGAUCGAAAGUGGAAAAAUGGCGGCGGAAGUGGUAAAACGUCAACGACGUCGACGACGACGACGACGACCAAUUCGGAUAGGAUUCCCGCGAAAGAAGAAUUGACUGAUUUGGAAUCUAGUCAAACACUCAAAUCAUCCGACAGCAGUCCCCGUAGUAGAGCUUUGGAUGGAAUCGUGAGCGAUCCGAAAGAAUUGAAAAAAUGCAUCAAAUUGACGGAUGGAAAUAAGAAAAAAUUAGCCGCCAUACUCAAAGAAAGGAAUUAUUUGGAAUUGCAAAGGCACCUUUUGGUUUCCGUCGUUCAUAAUCAGAACGAUUUAAACGUCGUGAUUACUGUUAUUGACACGCACGUUCGAGUACGCGUGCAUUUUAUCAAAUCAAAAAAAAAAUUUAAAGUUUAG